GGCACCCGAAAAUUUCGACCCUACAAUCAGCACAAUCUGGCACAAUCACUCCGAACGUGCUAAGUCGAGCACGCAGAAUCGAUGGGCUGAAUUCUUGGAUAUAUUUUAACGCACGCUACAGACGCGACGAACUCAGUUGCUUCAUUCGCUCCUCGUGAAAAUCUCUACACGUUCAGCUUGUAUUCGACGUUUGACAGUUCAGAUUCUACGAUCAGAACCACGGUGCUUUUUAUGUAUUUACGACACAUCGUACGAGCGUUUUUAAUUCAAUCAGAGAGUACAUAAAAUUGUUCUAGGAGACAAUCUAGCUCCGUAUUAACAAUUAACGCAGGAUUCGAUUCAAUACCUUAUCAGCAAAUGCAAAAUGCAAGCCAAAGGCUUUGGAAGUACCGUGUUGGAGUCGGUUGGGUCUGCUUUCAGAAAUAGUCCGAGUAGCACAGAUCUCCUUAUGAACAGUAUUGGCGAGACGUGCAAUGAGUUCAAGAAGCAAUACGACUCGUGUUUCCAUUUCUGGUUCGCUGAGAAAUUCCUGAAAGGGGAAACAAACGACUCCAUGUGUGCUCCUUUGUUCAAAGUCUACCAGCAGUGCGUAAAGAAAGCUAUGAAGGAUCAGCACAUAGAGAUUAAAGAUGUGGAAGCUAACUACCUAGGUACAGAUCAGGAGAAAACAGCCCCGCCUCGCAGCUGACAAUUAGUCGAUAGACCGUGGAUGCCAAUAUCGUCUUGGAUGUCAGCUAUGCUUUGCUCGCCGUGCAUGCCGCUGGCACAAGUUACGAUCCCAUCGGUACCUCAUAAAGUUACCAACAGUGAGGCGGCGGUACAGAAGCAUGCAUCGCCGGAUCCUUAAUUCAGUAGAAUAAAAGCUAUUAACAAAGAUUGAAGUAAUUUAUAUGAAUUUACUUUCAGGUAAAAUUGUUUUAUAUCUCUAGGUAUGGAUGAUUUCAUUAUGCAAUAUGUUUAUAAGGCUGAAGCUAGCAGCCGGAAUUAGCAGCCAAAUUUUCUAAUGUUCUUUCGGAUAAAGUAGUGAAAUACGAAGAUCUAAAUUUAUUUAAAUACCUCGAACUCCCGAUACUUUAAUAGAAUUAUGUUGAUAAAACUGAACGAUAUUUUUCUAUUUCUAAAAAGUUAAACACGUUCGGCUGCUAGCUUCGGAUUCAUGUAUGUUCAACAAUAACUACUUAUUUUAAUCUCUUUUUGUGGUGGUAAAGGUAGUAAGCGUAAACCUCGAUUAUUAAUGCCUGAAAAGAUUAUUCUUAAUUAUUGUCACCACUCAGCAAUUUUAAAGAGACAUUCGAUGCUUCUCAUUGAUUACACUCAGGUUUAUCAAUUGCAUAUUUCCAAGGCAUUCUGCUUUAGGAAUGCCAAAUGUAAAAAAACGUUUCAAAGCUUCUACUCGAGACUAGCUUAAAUGUAUAACAAUUGGCUCGUAGCACAAUGAUUUCAACUGUCUUACAGAGCCAAUGAUGGUUUAGCAAAUCGAAUUCCAUAUUUCCUUAUCAAGUAUCAAGAAUGUGUGUAUACAUAUGUGUAAUAUAAAUGUAUAGAAAACUA